AUGGCAUCUUCACUUAAAGCACAGUUGGCGCAGAUUGCGACCAAUUCGACCAAUUCUUUAAACCUCAAGGCGCAAAAGGCAGCGCAUUCAAAAUCUUUGAUUUUUGAACCUAGAGUUGCCGCUUCACAAAGUUUCGAUAUCCUCUAUACACUAUGCCAUGAGGGAUUUCAAGAAUUAUGUCUACUCGACGGCCGAUUUCUCGAGUUUCAAAAGACAAUUUUCAGCGAGCAAAGUCAAACAAUAGAUCGAACACAGUUGCCGGUGGCAGAGAUUUCUGAGUUGAAUAAACGGCUAGAAGCUUUCUUGGGAUUAGUUGGUGGCCGUCUACGUCUGAAUCCAGCAAUAAAAGCAGUUGAAUGGUUAGUGAGAAGAUUCAGAAUCCACGAGUACAAUACAUCAUUUCUUUUGACGACUUUCCUCCCUUACCAUACCCUUCCUAUAUUUACCACAUUACUUUCCAUAUUACCCUCGACAGUCCCCGUAGAAUACAAGUUUUUGGCGCCUUAUAUUCGAUCCUUGACUCAACCACAAAGAAGGCCAAUUGUCGCUGCUGCGACCGAUAGUACCGUUUUCGCUUCAACACUCAAUGCAUAUGUUUUGCAUGUAUGUAAAGCUCGGCAACAUUAUCCUGCUAUUCUAGCAUUUUGGGCUGGUAUCAUGACCGAAGCUACGAGUAACAUGUUGGACAAAGCCCGCUCGGGAAGAAGAGGAGUCCAGCAACAAAACGAACAAGAUGUGAUACUGAGAUUAUUACCAACUCUCAACGAAGGUCUUUCCAUGCAAAAGGUCCCGGACUUACGAAUUGGAUGUUAUAUGAUUUUGUCAAUCUUAGCUUCUAAAGGAGGACUGGACGACAAACUUCUGACAGCGAUGAUGGAAGCAUUAGUUCUCGGCUGGAGUGCUGAAACUGUUCGUCCUGGAUUGGUCUGUCUCUCGAUUUUGGCACAACACAGAGGCGCAAAGCAGAUUACGAGACGGGUAACCAAAGAGUUGCUCAAAGUUCCGGAUCUACCAAUGCAGUUGAUUGAAUUAGGAAAAGAACGACGAAUCGACCGACUUUCUAACGGGUUGUGUCUUGCGCUUGUUGACAGAAUAAGCAAAAGUGGAGAGGUCCAAGGGCUUUCCACAAUAGAAAAAAUCGUGGAGCAUGGUCUUCUCAGCGACGCGCAGACCUCUGUGGUUGUGAAACAUCUGCUGCUGGUAGCGCAUCGUGUGGAUGAUGCUACAGAUUCCGAGAAAAAUACCCGAACACAUCUUGCGUCAACUCUUGUUGCGCUGACUCAACUUUCUGGUCAUGUAGGGGCUGUUAUUCAAGGCGCACUAAAGGAAACCGAUGUUGAUAUGGAUGAAUUGGAAAUGAAGCUCUCUACCACAAUUAGACGGAUAGAAAUGCCAAAGGCGGAAGAUGAGGAUGUAAUAAUGGGAGAUGAAGGCGCGAAAGCAGAAACCAGACCUGAUUUCCGACAACUGAUUGAAAAACUUCCACAAAGUACUGCUAAGGAGACCUCGUUCUUAGCACAUGGUACUUCUCACAUCUACCAAGAUCUGUGUCAGGCAUUUUUGGUUGCCGCAGUUAAUGGGGGUGACCUGGAUGUAUUCGACGAGCUAUCCGUCUUGGACCGUGCUAGUGCCCUGGAAAAAACGUUGUAUCUCACAUUUUAUAUAAGAACUUGGUGUGGCCCGUAUCCGGUUAUGGCCCGGGUCUCGGCACUUCACAUGGUAGCUCAAUACUUAUCAGGAAAUGGAAAUGCGAGCGUAGAUAUUCAAGGAAUCAUACCUUAUGCAAUUUCAGCGCUCGCCGACCCUGCGCCGAAGGUCCGUCGUGCAGCAGCAGAGCUUAUCCUCGCAAUUGAGACAUUCUACCCUGUCAGCGCAAGUACCAAGAAAGCCUCGAGCUCUCGGCGACAAUGGGCAUUUGAUGAUAUCUAUGGUCCAGGUGUGAAGACUCAAGAGACAAAAUGGCUUUCAGUCGAUAUUGCAGUUCGUCUUUUGAGAGAGGUAUUGGUUCCGGCUUUGGAGGAAUGUGUUCUCGAUAAAACUCAUAUUGAGUCCGUAUUGGAACAAUCUUUGAAUAGUCCUCGUGCAUCUGCAGAGCCCAGCAAGAAGAAUGAGGCUCGGUUAACUCAAACUGCCCGAGCCUCAAUUUUGUCAUUUUUGUCAAGUCAUGUCAUUCAAACCCCUGUAUACUUGGUCAAGUUGAGACUUCUAGUUAUUCUUAACCACGUUCGUAGCAUUGCCAGCACCACCAGAACCAAAGUUUUACUUCCGGCACUUCAACAAUGGGCGUCUUUAAGUCCAGAAGUGGCAUUGCAACACUCGAGAGAUGAACAAUUUGUCAUGGCAGACUUCGAUAAACAGGCAGCUGCGACCGUUGUAGCCAACGACAAAGAUGGCCUGCAGUUCUUCACUCAAAUUGUGCAUGGGGAAAUUGCGUCGGAUCGUCCUACUCUGCUUGAGGCCAUAUUUGCAAGACUGCGCGAGAUGUGGACAUCUUUAAAGGGUGAUGUGCAAUUACAGACAGCUCAAAUGUUGAUGGAUGCUUCUCAAUCCUCCCCUGAGGAAACUAGCUACAACGGUAAAUCGACGGAAGAAGCUUUAGAACUAUUGCGAAAUGCCCCUCUUUCAACCGAAAUCCUCCUUUCCUUCCUCGACCAGCUACCUACGGCGGCAAAGCUUACCGAUGCUCCGCCGGCCAGCAAAAGACGGCGGACUAGCCACGGUGAAGUUGCCAGAGCUUCUUUACAGGAUCCCAAACAACUCGCCGCUGCUAUACGCCAAGUCACAUUUGUGUUGCAACUUAUCGAUAGUUCUGAUCCAGGAAGUCAUCCAGAACUUCUCAAGGGUCUUUUCAACACCUUGGCAGAGCUUCAACACUUCAAGGCCCAAGUUUCAUCCGAGCUUGCAUAUCUACAAGAUUUAGUCCUAAACAGCCUAUUGUCAAUUUUGAAGGCAUACAGGGCAGACCCGGGGAUGAAACUAGACCAUUCCGACAUUCGUGCCGAUUUACUUGUCGAUUGCGUUCAGAAAACAGCCAGUCCACAAGUACAAAAUGGUGCUUUGUUGAUGAUUGCUGCACUUGCGGAUAUCGCUCCAGAAGUUGUUCUUCAUAGUGUCAUGCCCAUCUUUACAUUUAUGGGAAGCUCAGUGUUAAGACAAAAUGAUGAUUAUUCUGCACAUGUCAUUAGUCAAACUAUUCGUGAGGUCAUUCCACCUCUUAUUAGCUCGCUUCGAAAAGACAAAGGCAACCCCGUUACAGGGGCUGCCGAGUUGCUCUUGAGUUUUGUUGCAGCUUAUGAACAUAUUCCUGUCCACCGUCGAAAAGGAUUGUUUAUCUCUUUAGUUCAGACGUUAGGAGCAGAAGACUUCCUAUUUGCAUUAUUAACAAUGUUGGUGGAUAAAUAUGGAGUCAAUGAUGAUGUCAAAUCCUUCGCUGCCGAAUUAACAAACGCGUUUAGUGUCGAGGUUCAGCUCCAAUCCUCAGUCAAAUACGUCGAAUUAAUUGAUGAUCUGUUGAAACCCAAGCCCACCUAUUCCUUAAUUCUCCUUGGGGCCCACGAGAAGAUUGACCCGCAACGCGCUGCUCUCAAUGAGCUUACCCUUCUUCCACAUAUUCUUUCUCAACGACGAUUGAUUACACAAACUGCAAAACUUCUUGACCGAGACGAUAUGGAUGCUGCUAGAAUUCGCGAACUCUAUUCAACAUUAUUGGAAAACCUAUUGGUCUUGACAGAGUCCUUGAAAGACAAGAAGGCAAUGCACAAUGCUUGUGGGGACAUCCUAGAAAGUAUUUUGGGUCUCCUUUCCACAAGUGAAUUUGUCAAAUCAGUUGAAGGACUUCUGGAUAGACCCAACGAGGACUUGCGGCGAAAGAUUUUGCGCUCUUUACAACUUCGCAUCGACCAAGAAAGCCCAUCAGAUGCUGUUUCAAGAGUGGCAAUGCUUGGAUUUCUACCCCAGCUCACUUCAAUUAUUCGAGAGUCUACUGACAUGCCUUAUAAGCGUACUGCUGUAGCAUGUGUCGAGAAAAUCUCUGAGAAGUAUGGCAAAAAGGAUCUCGAAGCAGUAUCUGCUGCUGCAGAGACUAUCGCAAGUAAUCAUUGCUUGGGCCAGAGCGAUGCUGGCUUGCAAAUAAUGGCUCUCCUAUCUUUAGCUUCUUUGGUAGAGAUUUUGAGAGAAGGUGUUGUCUCCGUAUUACCUGUUGCCCUUCCCAAGGCUUUGGAGUACAUCAAAUCAAGCAUUGAAGAUACUGUUGAGGCUCAAAAACUUCACAACGCCGGUUACACUUUUAUAAGCGCUCUCGUACAACAUCUGCCCUACAUGAUUACAGGUGGGUACCUUGAUACACUUCUUUCAAUAUCAAACGCUUCAGCAGAGGCCGAGCUCGAAGAUGAGGCAGAUGAAAUUAGAGAAAACUGUCUUCACUUGGCCGCAAAACGCGUCGAUGCUAAGAGUAUGUUUAUGGCUUUGGAGCAAAACUGGGCACCAGCAGUAACGGCAGGAACUUGGGCAAUUCGUGAACAACUUGAAAUGCUUAGCAUGGCUAUUAAAGCUCAUCCAAAGAGUGUCGUCUCUAAACAUUCCACCAUACUUGCAAAAAUAUUCCAAAAUGCCUUCGACCUUCGAAGACAGCUUUCCAACGUGGAUAAUUCUAAUCAAGACGAUGAGACUAUCUCGACCAUAGAGGGACAAGUUAACGAAGUGGCUUUAGAGAUGAUCUACAAGUUCAACGAUUCGACAUUUAGACCUAUAUUCUCCAACCUUGUCGAAUGGGCCUCGUCAUCAAUACCCAAGAAAGACAAGUCGGGUAGAAAUUUGCGUUUACAAAGUGUUUAUGGCUUCAUGGCCAUGUUUUUUGACAAUCUUAAGUCAAUCGUCACAAGCUAUGCGACAUACCUGCUUGAUAAUGCCGUACAGAUCUUGAAAGAGACAGAUAUCAAAGAUGACGCUGCAAGGGAAUUGUGGUCAAGAGUUCUUCGAGCUUUGAUACCAUGCUUCGAGCAUGAUCAAGACGACUUUUGGCAAUCUCCAGCUCAUUUCAAGGCAAUUGCACCUGUCUUGUGUGAUCAAUUUAAGAACGCCCCCGGAUUAGCUUUGGUCGAAGAACUUGUCCCAGCUAUCGUCGAACUCGCUGCCGCCGCUGAUUCUUCGGAUCAUCAUAAAGAGCUCAACGGAAUGAUUCUUAAACACCUUCGUUCUGAGGUAUCCAGUGUUAGACUCGCAGCUGUCAAAUGUGAACAAGCACUGACAGACAGAUUGGGAGAAGAAUGGUUGGCUAUGUUGCCAGAAAUGUUGCCAUUCAUAAGUGAACUCCAGGAAGAUGACGAUGAUGUAGUAGAGAAGGAGACAAAUCGCUGGAUUGUAAAGAUCGAAGGGGUGCUGGGAGAGAGUUUAGACUCAAUGCUUCAAUAA